CGCCGUGAAAUACGAAAAAUGGCGGGCUUUACGAAACUAUUCGUGAUGUUUUGUUGUUUAGUUUAUUUCGAAUGUUCGCUCGGUAUUUGCAGAUCUUCGAACAUUCGAGGCGUCUACCAAUACGUUUCUUUUGUCGAUUCAUUAACUGAUAUCGAAUAUUCUUCAACCCGACCAAACGUCGGUUCUUCUUUUCGUUUCGGGAAUGUUUUCAAAAUACAAUUUGAGGCAUUCAACGUAUCGUUUCGAAUUCUAGCGACAAAAACGUACGAUCUUCCUAUUAACGAAGAUGCCAAAAUCACUAUAUACGACAGAUCCCGCAGUCGAUCAAUACCCUGGAAGGAGAUGAGAAACGUGAUCUUCUACGAAGGUAUAUUAGUGGAUCGGAUGGAUUCUAAAGUCAGCGGUUAUCGCAGGAAAGGAAUAUUCCAGAGUAUCGUACAUAUCGGAGACGAGACGUAUAAUGUGGAACCUCUAAGUGACUAUAUAAAGGACUGUUCACUUUAUAAUGCGAUUGUUUUUAGAAAAAUGUGGAGGAAUGGAUCCGUGGCGAUGGACGGGAAUUCGAGAAAUGAAGGAGGAUAUCUUUAUCGACCGAUUAAAAUCCAAGCUAACUCGAAAGACAACAGAUGGGCCAACAAAGUUUGUAUGAUAGAGAUCGUUUCUGAUCACACUUUCUACAAGGCUCUGGGUUCUAACGAAGCAGAUGUCAUCGCCGAGAUGCUAUUCGUGGUGAGAGAAGCCAACGAAAUCCUUCAGCAAGUUGAUUUUAACGGAGAUGGAAUUUUGGAUAACGUCGGUUUGAGAAUCGAAGAAAUCUCCGUUUAUAAAAAUAAAGAUGAUAUUAACUAUACGACGGGCGCGGCCGUUACCGACCCCAAGAAGUACAUGUCGGAUUUGACGCGAAGAGUGCAAGAUCACUGUCUUUCCUACACCUUCACUCACAUCGAUUUCGAAAGAUCCGUGGUCGGGCAGGCCUUCACCGCCAGUGCCAAUCCAUCGGCUCCUCCCGGAGGAAUUUGCGAAAAACCCCGUGAAAUGUACGGCAGAUUGUUCAGCUACAACGUGGGUUUUGUUACUUCACUUAAUAACGGAAGUCAGAUGUCGAGGAUGGUUUUCGUGGAAACCUUCACUCAUGAAAUAGGCCAUAGUUUCGGUAGCCAUCAUGAUCGCGAAGAGGAAAAUGAGUGUGCUCCCGGGUUCGAAGAGGGAAAUUUCAUCAUGGCAGUCACUUCUAACGACGGUACGAAACCCAAUCAUCGCAAGUUCUCGCCCUGUAGCAUCGCUCAGAUAUCCUCCAUCUUAGCCAAAAGAGGUGACUCCUGUUUACUAAUUUACAACCUAUCAUUAUGCGGAAAUGGCAUUACCGAACGAGGCGAAGAAUGCGAUUGUGGAACAUUCCUUACUUGUAAUAGAAUUGAUCCCUGUUGCGCUCCCAGGGAUGGCUACGAAUCCGACGACGAAUGCACCAUCAGACGCAGCUCUGGUUACGUCUGCAGUCCCAGAGAAUCUUCCUGUUGCACUCCUGAUUGCCGGGUGGAUACCGACACUAAUAGAACUUGUGGAACCACUCUUCGCGAAUGCGAGGAUCGAAGACACUGCGACGGAAAUUCACAACGUUGUCCCUCCGCAAUUCCCAAACCAGACGGAACUCCCUGCCAAACUGAUUCUAGAGUGUGUUCUGGAGGCUCGUGUAAUCAGUCGGUAUGUUUGUUCUUUGGAUUGAUGACAUGCCAAUGUGAAGAAGAAGAUAAACUGUGUGAUGUAUGCUGCAAAAGAGGGAAUUCUCCCAAAUGCAGACCGGCGAUAGAUUUUGGAAUACUUACGAACGAGGGAAAGGCAUAUAGAAAACAUCCUGGUGAAUAUUGUAUGGGUACUCAUGCUGUUUGUAACAAGGAUCAUCAAUGCGUGGAAAGUUACGAAGAAGAUCGAACUCUGAUCGACGUAUUGAAACCCACGUCUACCAUUCCAUUUUAUGGUUUAAUCGUUGAUUAUUGGUUUUACUUCUUUCUUCUCGUUCCAAUAAUAAUUGUUUUAUGGUACGCUUUAAAGGCCGAUGCGUACUCGAAAUCCGAAUUGGUCCGCAAUUUUCGCAGUCGCAUUACAGAAAUCGAAGAACAAUUGAGAAAAGAACAAAACGAAGAGAAAUUAGAAGAAGUGGCUCGAGUGUCGGUACUUUUUCCCACGGUACCCGCAUCCAUCAUUCGAACCCUGUUUACCGAAUCGAACCCAGAACACGACGCCAUCGUUCAUCUUCUGAGGGGAGGUCAUCCAAUGAGAACUAUUUUUCGUUCGAAAUGAACUCUUUUUAGUGUUUAAUUAAUAUAUUUUCGUAUUUCCUGUUUUGUUAAUGAAUAACCUUUAUUGUUCUAUCGAAUUUUUGUUUAUAUACUUUGUUUAAAGAGCGUCAGUUAUUACGCAUUUUCUUCUUUCUGUUUACAAGUUAUUUAAUCAAUAAACUGUUUUAU